UCUCUCAAAUAAAUUUUUCCAUUUUUUUUUUCACAGGUAAUGAUUUGGCAACUCCAAGGUAUUGCUAUUGCCACAAUCCAUUCACAUGAAACAAAGUCACUUUAUUUAUUAAAAACAUGUUUUAUCCUAUUCUUGAAAGAAUCCAACAAUACAUAAAUAUUAACGUAACUAACUCUCCACUUUAUCAUUCUUCCACCUUUUUAUUUCUCCUUUCCAUAUCAAACCUCCCCCACUUGAUUUUGGACCGUUUGUUGUCCCAUCCCAAUCCCAUCCAAUCCAAUCCAAUCAUUUCAUGAUCCCACAGCAUCUUACGAUGAACUCAGCCUCACCCAAUCAUCCAACUUUAUAGUUUUAUACACACAUUUUGUGUAUUUUAGUGCUUAUUUGCUUGCACGUCCCUAAUAAACUACUUAGCUGCCCAUCUGUCAACAUGACGACAUUAAACACCCCCCCAACCCCAACCCCAUUUUAUUUUACCCUCAACACUCUUCCCCCCCUUCCCCAACCUCAGCCCCUACUUUCUCUUCUGCCAAACACUUCUUAAUUUUCUCACUAUUUUCCGGGAAAAUCCAUGUUCAUCUUUAGAAUAAUAUAGCCAACAAAGUUGCUCUUUAGCCUCUUGACCCUAUGGACCCUAAAUUCUACAGAAUUUCCCCAUUUGGGACUGACCCAGCAGACCCUGAUCAGCCCAUGACGUCAGAGAAUGGUCCGGGCUCUCCCUCCUCAGGGGAGGAGACAAAGGUGGCCACUGCCCCAUCACCCAAGAAAAGGAGGGGAGUGCAGAAGAGGGUGGUGACAGUACCGAUCGGUGACGUGGAGGGAUCCAAGAGCAAAGGGGAGGGCCAUCCACCGUCCGAUUCUUGGGCUUGGAGGAAGUACGGCCAAAAGCCCAUUAAAGGGUCUCCAUAUCCCAGGGGAUAUUAUCGAUGUAGUAGCUCCAAGGGUUGCCCGGCAAGGAAACAAGUGGAGAGAAGUCGUGUGGACCCCACAAUGCUCUUGAUCACCUAUGCUUGUGAGCACAACCACCCCAAGCCCACCACCAAGCCACACCAAACCUCCACCGCCAUGUCACCCAACGCCGAACCCGAACUGCCCGCCAAAACAAUCACACCCAAUGAUGAGGAGCUCACAAUUUUUGCGAGCCAAGUCGACCUUGACCUUAGUGACGACUCGGCCACGUUGCUUAGCGCCUUCGGUUGGUUCAGUGACGUGGCAUCGACAGCUGUUCUAGAAAGUCCGAUUUGUGCGGGAAAUAGUAGUUGCGCUGAUUAUGACGUGGCAACGAGGUUGGGAGAUGAGGAAGAUGAGUAUUUGUUCGCCGACCUGGGCGAGUUACCAGAGGGUUCAGUGAUUUUCCGACACAAGAUGGUGGAAUCGGACGAGCAGAAACGGAGAUGUAGUUUAAGUGUAGUUCCUUGUUGCGAUAGUAGAUGAUAAAAACCAUAGACAUUGAAUCAAAUGGUUGAGAGUAUAGGAACCACAUUUUUUAAUCACAAAAUGGGCAAGACAGUUGUUAGUUUACACAUCAACUGUCAUAUCACGUGGUCAAAAAAUAUGGUAACUCUAAUACUAACUCGGUGUUUAAUAUCAUUAUUUGUUGAUUGAAUGGACCCUAAGAAGCUACAAAUUUUCUUGUAUAAAGUGUGUUUCAUAAAUUUUUAUUUUUAUUUUUAUUUUUGGUAUUGUUUUGUACAAAUUUUUCUUGGACAAUGGCAAAGAAUAAAGAAGAGGAAAAAAAUCGGGACAUCAUUUUCCCGUUGGCAUGUUUAUGAUUAUCAA